AGCCCGCAUGCUGACCUUCAUGUUUCUCAUCGCCACGACCGCCGCUGCUCAGUCCUUUGACAAAGGCUUCAGUAUUGAUUUUUCAAUGGCUCUGGACCCUGACCAUUUCACAGGAUUGCUGGCCUCGUGACCCAAACCCGGCCGACCCGGCAAAGGAACAGAUUCUCAGUCCAGCCCUCCCCAGGAAUCCUUGUUGCCUGGGUGCCCUUUUUCGGUGUCCCGCGGCCGCCGUCGCCCUAGCCACCAUGGCGUCGCCGAAAAAACGCCCACAUCGUGUUCAACUGUCAGCGGAGACCAAGACGUUUGGCAUCCUGGUUUCAGGACAUGAGACCAUUGACGAGCUCCUCAUCGUUGAUGUCCAGAAAUCAACCGCAGUGAAGCAGUGGAACGUCGAGCAUCCGCAUUCUCCCAUCGCAGCUUGCUCGAUGAACAAUUUACCCCAGUGGUCUCACCUCCAUCAGUACAACACCUUGUUCAGUACAAACGAUGACAAUCUUGUUUUGAUUGACUGUCGGAUUGAAACACCAUAGCCUCAAUUGAGCAACUCUAAAAUCAGCAAGGUUGCGUAAGAUUGAGUAGGCGUUUUUGGAGCACCGGUUGUCCAGUGUCCAUGUUCUUGGCCGAGUCUUGCUUUUGCACCCUGCCUUGGGCUCGACUUUUGGUUCAGGUGAACCCCUUUGGUUUCAGGAUGAGCAGGUUGCUGAGGAGAAUGGCCAAGUCAUCUUGGAGGUCAAUGGCGUGAGAGAUCGAAACCGAAUGCUUGAAGAGCUUCGAGCAUCGAAGGUCGUGGACUUGUUGAUCAAUACACAGCUCACUCCAUCGCAGGGCGCAGUCUACAAUGCAGCAGUGCAGUUGUGCAAAAAAUACGACGCAAUGGAUGACUUGCUUGAAAUAGUCACCAUCACUCCUGAUGUGGGGCCAUGUUCUAUUUGCCAUGAUGCCAUGGACGCAACUGGCGCAGUCGUGGUCCAAGUACCCUGCGGCCACCAUUUUCAUAAAUUUUGUGUACGCAAGUGGUUUGUUUCGCAGAGUCAUCUUCGCUGCCCCUUGUGUAAUCAGGUCUUCGGAACAUGGACCUAAGUGGGUUUCUUACCUUUUGGAGUCUGAAC